GAGCCGCGUGCGCUUCCCAGAAUGCGUUUUCCUCGUCGUCACCGCGCGCUGACGAAUGCCUACGUCACUCGUGACGACACCGCCCGCGCGCCCAAUAAAACCGUGCGAGGUGCCGCGCGCCGGCCCAUAGCUAACAACCCAUCCGGCAGGCAGUAACUCGCAGCAGCCGUGCCCUGCGGAGCAAGGGUGUUCAGUGUAGUGUAGUGUGCGUGCAGAGUUCAGCGUGGCAGCCACCCUGGCCCCCCGCCAUGCCUUCAUGGAGCCCGCCUUCCCUGCGAGCCCGCCUUCCUCCGAAUCUGGUUCCGAGUCGGGGGAAGAGACCGUUGUACCCGGCGAUCCAGCGCAGUGGCAGCAGGAGGAUGUGGCUCGCUGCGUGCAGUGGGUGGCGCGCACCUUCAGCGUGCCCGCGCCCGGUCGCCUGCUGCCCGCCAGCGGUGCGCAGUUGCUGCAACUGUCGGAGGACGACUGGCUGCGCGUGUGCGAGGGUGGCGCGCAGGCGGCGCGCAUCUUCCACGCGUACCUGCAGCACGCGCACGCGGCGGCCACGGGCAGAGCACCCCCACCGCCGCUGCCGGAGCACCAGGCCACCAGCUCCACCGCGCAGCCGCAGCCGUACCCCGCUUUGAGUGCUCGCAGCGGUGGGGGACAGGUGCAGCUGUGGCAGUUCCUGCUGGAGGAGCUGGCGGCUCGGGCGCCUGGGAUCGAGUGGGUGGGCAACCCCGCCGACGGCGAGUUCCGCUUGUCCGACCCGGACGAGGUGGCGCGGCGCUGGGGCCGCCGCAAGCACAAGCCCAACAUGAACUACGACAAGCUGUCGCGCGCGCUGCGCUACUACUACGACAAGAACAUCAUGAGCAAGGUGCACGGCACGCGCUACGCGUACCGCUUCAGCUGGGCGGGGCUGGCCGCCGCGAGCCAGGCGCAGCCGCUCGACCCGCCCUACUGGCACUACGUGCCCCGCGCGCAGCCGCAGCCGCAGCCGCACCCCGCACCGCAGCCGCACCCGCCGCAGUGACGCGGCCGGCUCCAUGCGCGCAGCGUGCACUACUUGCUGAACCGCAUAAUUGCCAGUGCUCGACACCAUUCAACAGUGUAUUAACAUUUCAGUGAAAGCAUGCUGUACCUAAGACAGUUACGAAGCGGACA